UAAAGCAUGAAGAAUCUAUUCCCCCAGACAAACCUUCCUUGUGAUGCUCUUUUGAGGAUGAGCUAAAGGUCAACUAAGCCAGCUUUAGCUCUCAAGAACUAUAUGGGUGUAAGACUCUCUUCUCUUUUAGAAGUUACUGUACACUUGAUCAUUUACUUAAAUGAGGCUCUGGUUCAUCUUCAUUUUAUGAAAAAUAGGCUUUCCGAGAGUAAGAUUCAUAACCUUGAAAUAUGUUAAAGCAACCAAUUUAGAUAACCUCUUUAUAAAAAGUUUAAUUAGGUUUUCAUCAAUAAGUAUUAGACCCUCUUUGGUCUCUUCCCAACUAGCCUCUUGAAAAUCCUCUCCAUUGAUAAUAAAGGAAAUCCUGAAGCCUUAAAGGUUAACCUUAUUGAAACUACAAUGGCUCAACAAGAAUAUUUAAGGAGUAAAAGAAAAGAAAAUUUAGAAGAAAGGAAUGAAGUUGGAAGAAUGUUUACAAGCAGCUUACAUUAUGAUUGAUUUGAAACAGACUUAGUAAAUGAAGCCUUGAGCCUAAGGCUUAGUCUUUAUCAUCAAGACAUGUAAAAUUUUAUAACGAAAAUUUUCUUGAUAGAUUCAUUCAGCUUAAAUAAAUUAGGUUGGAAUGAAAAGACAAUAUAAAAAUAUUGAUAAAUUAUUGUAUACCUGUUUUCCUUGGGCAAUCAAUAAUCUUAAAAUAUCUUCAAGCAAUAUCUUCUGAGUCACCAUAUCAAGACAUUUACACCGACUAUCCAGGAUCAGCUGGAGAGUUCAGAAAGAUAUGUAUCUAACAGAAUUCCAAAUGAGCCUUCCCCAGCUAAAGAGCCUUAUAACAUCUUUUAAGCAUACUAAAGACCUACAUUUUGAUCCUUAAAUCCGACCCCCCAAUUCCUUCUGACUUUCAGCCUCUUUGAACUGCACUUAAGCCCAACCUCUCUCAAUUGCCCACUCCCUCUGGUCCUAUUUCCCAGUCAGUCCCCUUCUGUUCCUGUGCAGCCAGAGCCUUGGCAAGCAAGGGUUCUGAGGGGUCUGGAGGAAGAGCAGGGGUGGACUAUGAUGGGGUAGGCUUACCAAGAAGUUGUUGGAGCAAACUUUAGACUCUGUGCAGAUAUGUUUGAGAGGAGUGUUCUGGCAUUUCUUGGGAUAUAGAGCUGUAAAAAUUAACCAAAUGAGUUUAAUCCUC